AUACUUCUGACAAACUAUUCUGGAAGGAUAAACAUCACCCUCUCCAAUAGCUUGCUGUCCGACUGAUGUUCCCUAACCAUGGAUAUAUCUGGCCAAACGCACUCUGAGCGUCCUGCGCUAAACACCAUACCUUCCGAGCUUCGAAGACAGAUAGUGUCAUAUAUAGCUCCUGACCCUGAACAUCUGCGACCAGGAUGCAAAAGACACCUCAAAACCGCGAACCUAGCGCAUUCAUGCCUACGAGAAUGGGUCACCGAGUACAUGUUUAGGGAUAUGGCACUGACUCAUGUGCUGCCGGGAAUGUCUAGUCAUCUAGAGGUUUUUGCUGUUAGUCGAGAGAACGCUGGACUGCUCAAAUACGUGAAACACAUUGUCGUUCAGGUACCGCCUGCUAUCCGGUGGGAGGUAGGAGUUGACGAUCCUUUCGCGGUUCACCCAGAAGAAAUCACCACGCAACGCCUCUGUCAAAGGUUUCGGGUCAAGAACUAUCGCCAAAUGAACGAUGAGCAGCAAGAGUACUGUCUAAACUACCACAGAGCGAUGGUUGAACCCUUUACAAACAACAGGCGGUGGCAGCAGUUGUUUCGUACAGCCAAUGCCACCUGGGCACAGCUAUUCGCCCGCUUUACUCACCUCGACGAGAUCUCAGUCAAAUGCUGUGAGAGAGUUGAUCAACCCCGGCCUACAUAUACACAUACGUUCGUUCUUCAGUAUGGUAAAUUCAUCCAUGAAGAUGAACAUCCUAAAUAUGUGGAGGACUCUACUGUCAACAUUGCGUGGGCUAGUUCGGUCAUAUGUAGAUCAGCUCCACCGACUGUUCGAUCUCUCCGGCUUUCCAUGGCCAACAUGGACAACUUGAGCUCAAUUGCCACUGUCAACCGCCUUUUAAGCCUUAGUUAUCGGCAACCCAAUGUAAUUCGAUAUCCAAUUCGGAUCACCAGACUUAGUUUGAGCCUACGCGGCGUUGCAGGCGUACACGGAAAUCGAGACUGGAAAGGCGAUACAGGGAGUGCUGGCAGUGUUCGUUUUUGGAAGGGUGUACUGAAUACUUCGCAUGGCCUCCAGCAUCUAGAGCUACGUAAUAGCUUGACGAUGAACGAGGACAUCAGAUUCUCCAACUUGGAGAACUCAGAUUCGAAAGCGUGCGUUCUGGCCUGGCUUUUGCCGGGGCUGGCCGUCAGCCAGCUCCGAACACUUCGGCUUUGCGACUUCAUGCUAGAGAAAGCUGUUGUCCAGCCAACUUUCAGUGGCCACUGGCCGCGCCUAGAAGCUCUUAUUCUUGAUGAUAUCCAGUUGUUGCUCCGAGAAGAAAAAGAAGGCAUCGAUGCUGCAUUGGUCCGUUUUGAACAUCUUCGAGGGCAGUCAUGGAUGGAGGUCUGUCGGACACUGUCUAAGGAGAAUCCUGGUCUGCGUAUUAAGCUCAAUCGACCCGUGUCUAACAUGGAUGACUUCGAGGGCCAUCGUCUCCACCCAACCUAUGUCGAGAAGAUACAAAGCAUUCCUAGUGUCCAGCUAGACACGUAUGGUUAUGGCUCCUUGGUCAAGUUGCCAAAUGACGAGCUAUAUAGUGCGCAACGUUCCUGAUAUAGCCCUCUAGCUUCAAUUGCAUCUGGAGUUUGAAAUGAACAGU